CCAUUGGCCGCCGGCCGUGAUAUCAGCGGAGGGGGCGUGGCCGCGCGGGGCGCGCCAUUUCCGGGCUCCAUUGAGCAGAGGGGCGAUGGCGGAGGCCGAACCUGGGGGGCGCUGUGGGGCCGGGGGGGGCCUGGCCCUGCUCAAUGCGCGGGCGCUCGAUGUCACCUUCGAGGUGGGGGACGAGUAUGACGUCAUCGAGACCAUUGGCACCGGCGCCUAUGGCGUCGUCAGCUCCGCGCGGCGCCGCGACACCGGCCAGCAAGUGGCCAUCAAGAAGAUCCCGAAUGCCUUCGACGUGGUGACCAACGCCAAGCGGACCCUGCGGGAGCUGAAGAUCCUGAAGCACUUCAAGCACGACAACAUCAUCGGCAUCAAGGACAUCCUGAAACCCACCGUGCCCUACGGCGAGUUCCGCUCCGUCUACGUCGUGCUGGACCUGAUGGAAUCCGACCUCCACCAGAUCAUCCACUCCUCCCAACCCUUGACCCUGGAACACGUCCGCUACUUCCUCUACCAGCUCCUCCGCGGCCUCAAGUACAUCCACUCGGCCAACGUCCUGCACCGGGACCUCAAGCCCAGCAACCUCUUGGUCAACGAGAACUGCGAGCUCAAGAUCGGCGACUUCGGCAUGGCCCGAGGGCUCGGCGCCGACCCGCGCCAUGCCAAGGCCUUCCUCACCGAGUACGUGGCCACGCGCUGGUACCGGGCGCCGGAGCUGCUGCUGUCCCUGCACCGCUACACCCGCGCCAUCGACAUGUGGUCCGUGGGCUGCAUCUUCGCCGAGAUGCUCGGCAGGCGCCAGCUCUUCCCGGGCCGCAAUUACAUCCAUCAGCUCCAGCUCAUCAUGGCCGUGCUGGGGACGCCGCCGCCCGCCGUGAUGGGGGCCAUCGGCGCCGAACGGGUGCGGGCGUACAUCCAGAGCCUCCCCCCGCGCCCGGCCGUGCCGUGGGAGUCCCUGUUCGGCGAUGCCGACGCCGAGGCCUUGGCGCUGUUGGGGAGGAUGCUGAGGUUUGACCCACGGGAUAGGGUUGGGGUGGGGGAGGCGCUGAGGCACCCGUUCCUGGCCAAGUAUCACGAUCCUGAGGACGAGCCCGAGUGCGUCCCGGCCUUUGACUUCGCCUUCGAGCGCCGGGCACUCACCAAGGAGGACAUCAAGGCGGCCAUCGUGGCCGAGAUUGAGGACUUUCACGCACGCCGGGAUGGGAUCCGGCGCCACAUCUCCUUGGCGCCAACCAAUGGGGUCGGUGGAGCUGUCAACAAUGGUGGUGGUCCUGUGGGUGACUCCAAUGGAGCGCCCAAUGGCCCCGCGUGGUCUUGUGCCGAUGUGGACAUGGUGAGCCCUGGGCCUGAUGGGCCAGUGGAGUCACCGCUGCAGGUGAAGGCGGAGCCUGGCGCCCCUGCAGCGCCAAAGAGGGAUGGAGCCAUCUCUGAUGACACCAAAGCUGCCCUCAAGGCUGCGCUGCUCAAGUCGGCCAUGAGGAACAAGAGUAAAGACCCCCCCUGCGCAGCACCGGAGCCCCCAGAGGGCCGGCGCCCGGUGACGGCGGCCGAGCGGCAGCGGGAACGGGAGGAGAAGCGACGCCGGCGCCAGGAGCGGGCCAAGGAGCGGGAGAAGAAGCAGCGGGAGCGGGAACGCCGCGAGCCCCAAGGCCGUGGGGAUGGGCUCCAAGGCCUGGUCCUCACUGACGACGACCGGCACCUCCUGGAACGCUGGACCAAGAUGCGGGAUGGGGCCCUCCCCCGGCCGCCCCCUGCCCCACAACCCCCAGUGCCACCACCUCCUCUCUGCCCCCCAGCUUGUGGGGCACCCCCAGAGGCUUGGCCGGGGGCUGAGGUGUGGCCUGAAGCCGCUGUUGGAGCUGUGGUGCCUGACCCUGAUGUGGCUACUGUGACACAGCAGCUCUCCAAGUCACAGGUGGAGGACCUGCUGCCCCCCGUCUUCUCGGUGACUCCUAAGGGCAGUGGCGCCGGUUAUGGGGUGGGCUUCGACCUGGAGGAGUUCCUCAGCCAAUCGUUGGACAUGGUUGGAGACCCCAAGGAGAGCCAAGGAGAUUCAGCGCCACUCUCGGCCUCGCUGCUCGCUGAUUGGCUGGAGGUUCAUCGCCUCAGCCCCGCCGCCCUCGAGAGCCUCCAGCGUGACCUCCAGCUCGGCUCCCCCAUGGUCCUUAGUGACGACCUCCCGGACCCAUAACCAGGGGGGGUGGGGACACCCCAU